UAAUGUAUUCAUCUAUUAGAGAAUCCCCACAAAGACAUGAUACAAGAUCUUUUGUUCAAGAAAUUGAGUUCUUAAAAGCUAAGUGUUUAGAAUUAGAAACAGAGAAUAGGUUAUUGUUUGAAGAAUAAUAAUAAUUAUAGAGAAGAGCACAUGACAUAGUAACGAAUGAUACUAAUGUUGAAUCCUAUAUAAAAGAAAACAAUAUGUUAUAGACUGAAAAUGAGAAACUAAUCAAAUUAUCAAGAUAGAGAAAAACAGAUGCUGACUUAUGGAAAUCCAAAUAUGAAAAUUAAUUGCAAUAGAUUUUGUAAAUGAAAUCUAAUUAUGAAUUUGAAAUCAAACAAUUAAAUGCAGAAUUAUAAAAAUUAGGAGCUGUCUUAUCAUAAGCAGAGGCAGAAAGAUAACGAUAAUUAGUUGGAAUAUCUGGUUAAAUAGAGAGUUAAUCUAAUUAAGAUUUUGAGAAUCUAAAGAAGGCUUCAAAUUUAUAAAUAGAAAUAAGUGAGAGUUAGAUUAGAAAAUUAAGAGAUCAUAUUGAAGAAUAAAAUAAUGAAAUUAGUGAUCUAUAAUAAAAGAUACUAAGAUAAAAAACAGAGGAUGAUAUAUAAAUAGAAAGAUUGUUGAAAGAAAAUGAAUUACUUAGAGUUAAAAUUUAAUAAUAAGAAUCAGAAAAAUAAAGAGAAUUAGAACAUAUGAAUGAUAAUUUAAACAAUUUUUCAUAAUAAUAGAUUUAAUUAUUGAAACAUGAAUUUGCUAGAUAAUCAGAUGUUUAAUAAUGUGAAAUUGAUAAACUUAAGGGAUUACUUGAGAUUAAGAAUGCUGAAAUAGAAACAUUACUUGGAUAAAAUGUUAAAAAUAAGUAAAUGUUUGAAGAUUAAAUUAAUGAUUUGAGAACUGAAAUUUAAAUUUUAAAGUAGAAAUUAUUAGAUUAAGAGAGAUAAGCAAGAAUGAUUCUUGAGACAUCUCUUAAAGAUUAAUAGAAUUAACAUUAAAGAGAUUAAGAUACAUUAAAAUAAUAUUAUUAAACAUAGAUUAGUAAUUUAGAAAAAGAAAUUAAUGAUUUGAAAGGAAUUAUUGAACAUAAAAAUUAAUAAAUAUAAAUUUAAAUUGAAGAAAAGAAUAUACAAAGAUAAUAACUUGAAUAAUUAAUUAUUGAUUUAAGAAGAGAAAUUGAAAAUCAAAAAUUAAUUACAUUUGAAUAAGAAAAAUAAAAGAAUAAUGAAAUCAAUGAAUUAGAUGAUUAAUUCUAAAAAUCAACAGCUCUUCUUAAUGAGAAUAUUGAUUAAUAGAAAUUAUAAAUACUCUUUUUGGAAGGUGAAAUUGAAAGACUUAAAGAAAUGUUAUCAUAAAAAACAAAAGAUUAAGAAUCAUUAAUAGCUUAAUUUAAUUUACAUAAAAGAUAAUUAGAAGAUGAUAUUAGAAGAUUGAAAGAUGAAAUUCAUUCUCUAAAAUAAGAAAUAUUAUCAAUAACAAGUUCUAAGAAUUAAGAAAUUCAAGAUCUUUAAUCAAAGAAUGAUAGAGUAACAAUUUAAUAUAGAGAUAAACUAAGAUAAAGUGAUAUCUCUUAAGAAUAAUAAUUAUUAGAAAUUAAAAGAUUAAGAGAAGCACUCUCUGUCAAAGAAUAAGAUAAUGAAAAUUUAGCAAAUCAAAAAAAUCUAUUAGACAAAGAUUUAAGGAGAGCAAGAGAUGAAAUAGAAUAAUUUAAAUAGAGAUAGUUAGCUUUAGAAAAAGAGAAGGUAAUUAUACAAAUAUAUUUUUAGUUUACAUAAUUGGAAGAUUUAAAAAAUAAAUUGGAAGCCUCAAAUUCAUAUUAAAUAAGUAAUUUAAAAGCAGCUUAUAAUACAUAAAUCAAUGUAUUAACUGAAGAAAAUGUUCAUCUAAAAUAACAAAUAGAUUAAAGAAGAAUGUAUGAUUCCACUAUUAGAAUGUGAC